AUGCCGCGACCCGGUCCCUCGGAGCGCCUCGUGCACGCGCCAAAGGCCGAGACGGGGCGGUUGGGCGCCGGACUCCCGCGGACCAAGAUUGACUGCAGCCCGCCACCCCGGCUGGCUACGGCUUGUUGGAGGCAGGCCAUCCCAGGCUUGGCGGCACAGGCUCAAACGGCAUGCCGGACGCAACGGCGGUCUGCGGGAGAUUUCAACCAGUUCAAGACCAAUCUACGUGGCCGUUACACGACCCUUCCUCGAAACCGCAUACGCAACCCACGGUCGACAACAACAACGGACAUGGUUCGCCACCACCGGCGCCGGAGCUUCUCGUUUUACGGCUGGAUAUUAGGAAAGGAUGCCAUUGCCUCGAUGCUAGAAGAGAAGAUAGGCGCCUGCGUUCGACAGCUCCUGGCUCUGCGGGAGAGAAUUAAUGAUCCGUUGAGCAAGAUUCUUGUGACCGGCGACGUGCUGAACGCCAAGAACUCGGAUCUGGAAGAGGUCCAUGCCGCCACUCCACAACACGCCUGCGAUGUCUUCACGUUGCAAGACCUUGAGCAGGUCGUGACAGACGCACGGUAUACACAGGGUAAGGUCUUUGUCAACGACCUGCGCACGGCAGACGAGUCUCUACUUAGUAACAAGGAGGUGGUGGACAAUACUCUUAUCGACGCCCCAGGCUUGAACCACGAUACCACUCACACAACUGCUGUAUUUGCGCGACAAGAAGAGAUUGAUGUUGUUGUUUUUGUGGUUUCUGCCACCAAUCACUUCACAAAACGAGACUCAUUAGCUAGACAGGUUGAUAUAUCCAUCGAGCUGCAAGACUUCAUUGACUGGCAACCGCUGGUUUCGACUGGGAAGUUUGCUAAUGCGGGCAUGGCCCUCACCCUGGCUACUGCCGUAGGCGGCCGUUUGGCUGACUUACAUGGGUGGUUGAACCCAGCCCUGAUGUUGGCCCGCGUUGUAGAUAAUAACAGCUUCCGCCGGCUCCUUGUUCCAGGAGUCUUGAUUGCAGUUAUCGCCGCCACUAUGGCGCACAUCCUCCAGCAGAUCCCCCACGCUGUUCCCAGACGGUGCGCAAAGUACUCCGGACCCCGGCUGAGAGUGUCCGGGGUGUGCCUGGAUAGGUCCGUCCGGGAUUUGGAGCAGCGGCGAGACGACAUGGAUAAGCUUCAUAACGAUAGCCACGCCGCGCUCAGGUACUUUGGCAAUCUUGUGCGGGCCAGUACUGCGGAGCAGAACACUGUCAAGGAGAUUAACCUCGAAGCACCACCUGCUUGUUGA